AUGUCCUCGUCUGGCUCUCCCUCUGGCUCCUCAUCCGGCCCGUCCAACCCCGACACCAGGUCUCUCGAGCAGAAGAUCCGCGACGACCUCUGCAUUCUCUCCAACGAAGCCUCGGUCCCCUGGAUCCAGUUCGAGGUCGCGACGCUCGGCGCCCUCGCCGAGCUGAACAACGAGUUCGCGCAGGCAUGGGGGGCGAAGAUGAGAAAGGACGAGGAGGACGCGAUGGAUGUCGACGGCGGUGAAGGCAACAACAAUGAAGAUGAAGAUGAAGACGACCAGGGCAAUAUCAACGUCAACAUCGAUGAUGGCAACGACAACAACAACGACGACGACGACGACGACGGCAAUGGCAAUGACGGUGAAAACAAUGACAGCGAUGGUAACAUUGAUGAACCAGAGGAUGACAAUAAUGGCGGAAAUGGAGGAAAUGGCGGCAGCGGCAACGGCAAUGGCAACGGCAACGGCAACAGCCCCGUACCAGGGCCUAGCAGCUCCGGCGGCGGCGGCGGUGGAGGCGGUGGAGGCGGCGGCGAUAGCGGAGUCGAUGGUCGCCCUAGGUAUUACUGCUCUUUUCCUGGCUGCGGGAAAUUCUACCAGGCCAAGCGGACACGCACCCGGCACAUCAAGGACAAGCAUCCGAACCAGCCGGUCCCCCGGUUCAACGACCCCUAA